UAAUUGCAAUAACUUGCCCACGAACGAAUAUUUUGCCAAAUCAUCUGCGACAGAAAAACAGGCAAUCGAGAACUUCCAAGAGUGAAAAGAUUACAAGAUUCUGCUUAGGAAACUAAGCCAUUUUGCUGAAAUAUUAAUGUAUCCAUCCAACACGCUGCAGCUAGUGCCGGAAGAGCAAAUAUUGCGUUAUAAAAUAAAUUAUUGUAUCGCAAACUGGCAGACUAAAACAAUCGUCAACAACAACACUCGAUCGUCUUCUGAGUCUGACCAUCACAGUCACGGACGGAUAACCCAAUGACCUCAAUUCAUCCAUGGGCGAACCGACUAUCCAUCGACUUCUUCAGCUGAUGUUACGUUGUUUUGUCGAAAGCACCGGAUCGGACUGCGAAUUCUUUUAACCUGUUAUUAAUUUGGUGUUCGAUGUUUCUGUGAGCCGACAUGUCUGUGUCUGUGCAACUAAUCUGGUGAAGUUCACUUGGAAAAUGGAGUGCAAGAUCAUUUAUUGAAUGACUUUUAAUCCGGAAUGACCCUUCAGCCGAAUACUAGUCAAUCAAUAUGCCGAGAACGUAUCGGAACAACAGCAAAAGUGAAUUGGUCUUGAUAAAACUCAUUUUAAUCUCAUUGUGCGCUAAAAUUGCCCGAACAUGCAAUAACCAAGUUAGAGACGAAAGUGUUCUGGACCGAGAAUUAAAAAAUUACGUGGACCGAGUGUUAAGAGCUGAAGAUGUCAGCAUUAUACCGGGUGUUGGAUUGGAGAGGAUUGAGAACAUCACCAAAGCAUCUGAAAGUGAUGGCAAUAACUGUGUUAGUGGAAGAGCCGAAUUAACUUUAGAGGAUUAUGUUAAGAAGCGGUUCAAUCAGUAUGCGGAAAGCCACGUUUUGUCGGUGGAUUUGCGGGAAACUGCUCGGUUUUUUUCUUCCAGCAAUUCUAGCACUGAUACUUCAGCUAAAAGCUCCUUUUUAGCUGGGUUUGGAAUGGGCAUUUUGGCAUUUUUUCUAAAAAAGCUGAUGUUGCCGGUGUUUAUCGGUGCCCAAAUCGUCAAAUCGGUUCUAAUCGCCAUGUUUCUGCCAACUAUUUUGGGCGGACUAGGAAAAUUGGCUGGAAAAGGUUUGUCCACUUUUUCGGGACUCUCCAGUGCGUCAACAGGCAUUAAUCGGCCACCUCAAGAAAUGGAAGACUUUGAAUUCAAAGACGCUGAUCCGUACAAUAAUGAGGAAGCACUGGGAGCCAAUUUUGAUGACGAACAUGAUAGUUUAACCCUUAAUACUAUUGAAAGCUCCAGCACCAUUUCCCCUAACAGCAGGUUUGAUUUUGCAAAUAAGCGAAUCUACUCCCAACCGAAAAUCAACGAUAACUACUACUUCCGAAGACCGCAUAGGAAAACGGACUAUAAAGUGUUCCACAAGAUUCCUUCGUCAUCCCUUUUACUGACCAGCUACGAUCCGUUCUACAGCCCGCUUUUAUCCAGACUGGAUUCGGUUUUCCAGCAAUUGGGUUUGACCAGCGAUAAAACGCCGGAAACCGAACGGUGCCGAGAAAGGCUUGUGUGUAUGAUGUAUGCAAAUCCGGCUAAAUAUGCUCCUUAUAGCAAUUUAGUUUCUGCACAGCUAAGCAGGGAGCUGAACGAGCUUCGAAAGCCCGCGUCUGAUAAUCCGGACAUUCUCAGGUUCUUCAAGUACAUGAAAGCAGCCAAAGAUGGUCAAGAUGGCGAAGAAUGUUUGGAGCAUGGAGGAUGCCCAUCAUUGAGCGCAAAUAAAGCUAGUCCAGCUUUGCUUACAACAUACAACGAGAUCAACAAAUUGGUGCAAGCAAGAAAACUUCAGAACUAAGUCAUUUUUUUAUUUUGGGGCGAAAAACUGUAGACAAUAGAACACAAUGCUACUGCUUGAGCGACUCUCAAAUAGCAGUUUAUUUAAAUAUUUAUUUAUUUUAAAGCUCUAAUUUAAGGAACACGUAGAAGAUGUUAGUCUGAAUUUCGAAAGAUGUUUUCUUUAGUUUCAGAAAAUGCGAGCUUUGUAAGAUGGCGUUUCAAUUUGGUUUCAAUCUAGUUUAAUUGUUUAAUUUGCACUGACGGAUUUUUGAGCAGAACUCUGAUUUUUUGAGGGCUCACAUGGAAUGUUCGUUAAGUAAUUUCAAAGAUUUUCGCCUGUUCUGUUUCUUUAAACGACGUAAGGAAAAUUUUUCAAAGCUUUUCUAUUAAAACAGAGAUACUCGAAUUCGUCAGUGCUCAGAAGCCCACUCGAAUGAGAUCAAAAUUUGCCACUUUGAUUCAUUCUGACUGGAAUCGUUCUCCACUAACUUUACUGGCACAACUAUUAUUUAUUCAAUUCAUUUAGCAACUUUUCACUGUAUGCGAACAAAUGUGUAUAUAGUCAAUGGUGCAAA